CCCCAAGACACAAUGUCGUCGGCCGGUUCCACUAAAAACAAGCCGAAAAAGAGCAGCAAUCUGCGCAUACUGUGGAUACCGGGGCGCAAAAAACACAACCGGAAGGGUACGUACAAUUCUACGAAAAAUGGACUCCCUCAAACGUACGGUAUGCAGCCACGGAAGAACGAAUCAUGGACGCUCGGCGGUACGAUGAAUCACACCAAAAUUAUAAACGCUAAUUUCUUUUUCAGAGAUCUUCACGAAAACAACCUGGACGUGGCGACCAUUGUAACGACGGCGGCCACCGGCAGUGCACUCGCGACAAUGGUAACUGCAAAUGGGCCAACCGCAGAGCAGCAGCAGCAGCUUGAUCAGCUGGAACCAUGUCCCUCGACCAGUACCGGUAAAGGGCAACAGUCACCCCAGCCCCAGAUAGUGGUGGGCACCAUUGAGCUCAACAAUCUAAAUGGGGAUAUUGCUAGCAACAAGCAGGAGAAGGAAAUCGGUACGAGCAAUCAGUUUGAAACGCUCACCCUGAUCGACGAGGAUGACGAGGAAAAGGAUCGCAACUGUUCGAACGCUCACUCAUCCUCGUCGCUACUUUCGUCGAACAACGAUAAUCGAUCGACGGAAGAAAACAACCUGCACAAUGCGAACACACUUUCGAUCGGUGAACAGCAUCGGAAUAGGAAUAGGCGUCGAAGCAGUCAAAAGGAUCGACGCAGUGCGGAGGAUAUCGAUUCGAUCGAUCAAGCUGAUAGUGCGGUUGAUGUAACGCACGAGGAGGAACCGCACGUGUUUGAUGACGAGGAGGAGGAGGAGGAGGAGGAAGAUGUGGAGGAGAGUGAAGCGAAGAAGCAACAAAAGCAGCAGCAAAAUGGACCAAACAACCACCACGUUACGGCAGCAGCGGUCCGGCGGCGCAAAAACCGACGAUCGCGACAGAAACGAACGCCCGUCCUGGAAAGGCAGGAUGUGAUCGAUGGGGAAGAGGACCGAAAGGAACCGUACGAUAAAGCGGUUACCUGUUUGUAUUGGUCGCUUGCCUGUUGGGAUUGUAAUAUUUCUUAA